AUGAUGUCCGCCAUACGACGGACGAAGGUGAGCAAGUUGUUAUCGAGAUCGGCAGAGAUUGCCUCGGAAACUGCGCCAACAAGUAUGUUCCAAAAAAACAAUCGACAGCUGGUCAAGAGAAUUCCGCCGUCGUCUUCUGGUACCAUCAACCUUCGAGUCUAUCCACCAAACGCUUUAUCUCUAAAUGGAAGUAAGCUUAACAGAGCAAAGCAAAGCAGUCAACUUGGCAAUAGAAUUGGGUUGACCUCGUUGUCGCAAUUUGGUCUUGUUGUCAGGGCGACUUAA